UUUCACAGUUAACAAUUUGUGUUCUUAUCUUUAACAACAAAGGUCAAGGAUCUUACAACGAAACACCGUCUUAUUGUGACAUUUUAUAUACAAGAACAUAAAAACAUGUUUGGAAUUAAGUCCCUACCUUUAUUAAUACUUUUUGCAGUGUAUUGUUACGGAAUUCCGAUACCGCCCGACCAGCUUUUAGCCUGGUUGGUACCAGAAAUGUGUCCACAGAAUGACUGUCCAACUAUAGAACUAUCUGUGUGCGGUACAGACGGACAGACAUAUAAAAACGAGUGUUUCCUGAAAGUGUCAAAUUGCAGCUCAAAUGAUGUGCUUAUGGUAAAGUAUUUCGGCAGCUGUUGAAAUGGAAUGAUGACAUGCAGACAUUUAUGUUUGUCUUUUUGUGUAUACAAUUAAAUAAAAGGAAAAAAGGG